GGGCGGCGAGGCGAUGCCAGCGGCCGGCUCGGAGGCGGAGGAGGGCGGCGGGGAGGGCGCGGGGCCCGGCGCCGGCCCUCCGGGCGAGCAGCCGGGGCCGUGCUCCCCGAAGCUGUGCGGCUACCUGCAGAAGCUGUCGGGCAAGGGCCCCCUGCGCGGCUUCCGCAGCCGCUGGUUCGUCUUCGACCCCCGCCGCUGCUACCUCUACUACUUCAAGGGGCCGCAGGAGGCGCUGCCCCUCGGGCACCUCGACAUCGCCUCCGCCUGCUUCAGCUACCACCAGCCCGAGGCCGGCGCUGCCGCCGGGGACGAGGGGGCCGCUUUCGAGGUGCACAGCCCCAGCGGCGCCGUCGCCGUGCUCAAGGAAAUAUUCCCCUUGCCCCAGCUUCCUGUGAGCAAGCAAGAGCUGCAACUCGUCAGGAUAUGACCUACUGGCUUCAGGAGCUUCAACAGAAAAGGUGGGAAUAUUGUAACAACCUUGAUGCAGCAAAAAGGGACAGUCGAACUUCUCCUACACCAAGUGACUUUUCCAAAGGUUUGGUUGCCAAAGACAAUCCUGAUUUGAGUAUCCUAAGCCAAAAUGCUUCAGCAGAGAGGGCUAGAACUAUUCUAGCUGUGGAGACUUCUCCUACAGAGCUGGUGGGGGAACAAGCAGCUUCCCAGCCUGCGCCAGUCCAACCAAGUGCCAUCAAUUUCUCACUUAAACAAUGGAGCACUGAAAUCAAAAAUUCAAUGUCAUCUUUAAGAAAAGGGAAUAAUGAAAAUCGCAAGAGCAUAUUUUAUACCAGUGAAGAGUGGGAAUUGCUAGAUCCAACCCCAAAAGACUUGGAGGACUCGAUGGCCCUGGAAGAAAAGAGGAAAAACCUGGCAGAAGGAAAUAAAGGACUGACUAGCUCAGCUUUUCCAUUUGAUUUUGGCCGCAUUCCACAAAAACCGAGACGCCCUUUAAAAGACAUGAUUGGAUCAAGCAAAAACCGGAACAGCAGUGACUCCUCUCCAACUGAGUGGUAUUCUGGUAAUGGCAACAAACUAGUCUCUGAACUGCAACUGAAGUAUCAAAGCCAGCAAGAAGAAUUGGAAAAGCUGAAGAAAGAUCUUCUGAGCCAAAAGGAACUUGUGCGACUUCUGCAGCAAACAGUCCGAUCUUCCCAAUAUGAUAAAUACUUUGCAAGCCGUCUAUGUGAGGGGGUUCCCAAAGACAAAUUAGAGCUGUUGCACCAAAAAGAUGACCAGAUUUUGGGUCUCAACAACCAGCUUGAAAAGUUAAAUCUGGAAAAAGAUAGUCUCCAGCAGGAAGUAAAGAAUCUGAAAUGUAAAGUCGGAGAACUCAAUGAGCGGCUGGGUAUGUUGAUGGAAACUAUUCAAGCUAAAGAUGAAGUGAUAAUGAAACUGUCUCAUCAACUCAGCGAAUGUGAAGACAAUACAUACUCCCAAAGUGGCGCAGUAAAUUCUCCCGUGGCCACCUGUAUUAAUAAGGAACUACAGGAACUGGACAGACUAAAAGACAAUCUUCAGGGUUAUAAGACCCAGAACAAAUUUUUAAACAAGGAGAUUUUGGAACUUUCUGCUCUACGAAGAAAUGCAGAAGUGAGAGAGAGAGAAUGGCAGGCAAAGUAUACUAGCUUGGAAGCUAAACUCUGUCAGAUAGAAAGUAAAUACUUGAUCUUGCUUCAAGAAAUGAAAACUCCUGUUUGUUCUGAGGAGCAGAGCCCUGCUCGUGAGGUUAUCACACAGUUACUAGAAGAUGCCCUGAAAGCAGAAACCAGUGAACAACCAGAACAAGCGUUUUUCAAACCAUACUUGGUCAGUGAAUAUGAUAUAUAUGGUUUCCAAACAGUCCCAGAAGAUGAUGAGGAAGAGAAACUAGUAGCAAAAUCACGAGCUUUGGACCUGAGAUCGCUUUCUCUCAGUGAAAAUCGAGAGAUCUCCACAGGGGUAAAAUGGGAAAACUAUCUUGCAAGUACGAUGAAUAGAGAGAUGAUGCGUUGUGUGGAACUAAAGAACCUUAUUCGUUCUGGGAUUCCACAUGAACAUCGUUCCAAGAUAUGGAAAUGGUGUGUCAAUCUCCAUGUUAAAAAAUUCAAGGACAGUGCAGUUCCUGGGUACUUCCAGACCUUGCUUCAGAAUGCCCUAGAAAAACAAAAUCCUGCAUCUAAACAGAUUGAAUUGGAUCUCUUGAGAACUUUGCCAAACAACAAGCAUUAUUCUUCCCCAACAUCUGAAGGGAUCCAAAAGCUGCGAAAUGUGCUGCUGGCGUUUUCAUGGAGAAAUCCAGAUAUAGGUUAUUGCCAAGGGCUCAACAGAUUGGUAGCAAUUGCUCUCCUGUAUUUGGAACAGGAAGAUGCAUUUUGGUGUCUAGUAACAAUAGUGGAAGUUUUCAUGCCUCGUGAUUAUUAUACGAAGACACUGCUAGGAUCUCAGGUUGAUCAGCGAGUAUUCAAAGAUUUAAUGAGUGAGAAACUUCCACGACUGCAUGCUCAUUUUGAACAGUACAAAGUCGACUAUACUCUUAUAACUUUCAACUGGUUUCUUGUGGUGUUUGUGGACAGUGUCGUUAGUGACAUCCUUUUUAAAAUAUGGGACUCAUUCCUAUAUGAGGGACCAAAGGUAAUAUUCCGAUUUGCCCUGGCACUCUUUAAGUACAAAGAAGAAGAAAUCUUAAAACUGCAAGAUUCUAUGUCCAUUUUCAAGUACCUUCGGUAUUUCACACGUACCGUACUUGAUGCUAGGAAACUGACUGGUAUUGCUUUUGGAGACCUGAAUCCUUUUCCAUUACGUCAGAUCAGGAACCGAAGGACCUAUCACCUGGAGAAAGUACGUCUUGAACUAACUGAACUUGAAGCCAUUCGUGAGGAUUUCCUGCGUGAACGAGAGACCUGCGUAGAAAAAAGAGACCUUAUUAGUGAUGAUGAGGAGGAUAGUUGAAACUACUCAACAUAAACUUUUCUUUGGGAUCGUGACCAAAGUGAGUUAACCUCCAAAACACUUUAUUAAUCCUAUCAAACCGAAUGUAAACUAGUUGCUUUUGGAAAUAUGCAGGACAAAUUUCCAAACCCCAGCACUUUCAGAUAUAUGGCAUUGUAUGGAGGCCAAACACUUUUGUUUACAUGUAUGUUCAUGGAAAUGUAUGUAGAGCACUUAAUAUCUGUCUCAGUUUAGUCAUACAGCUGAAUAGUUGAAACAACAAUUGACAGUUGUUUUCCUGCAGCACACUUAGUGUCUGUAUGUGAAACAGUACUAACAAAAGUCUGCACUCUGUUUACUACAUUCAUUGCCAAGCUUCUGUAUCUGUUUGAUUGUAACCAUGUUUUUUAUAGAGCAGGUUCAACGUGGGUGGACAUAACUAUUUUUCAGUUUUGGAUCGGUACAAUAAAUGGCUUUCAUUGUGUUGUCCUGGGGGGGGGCUGUAGGGAGGAACAAACAAACACUUUUUAGGUCACAACUAGAAAAGUAUGGAUUGAAACACCAUAAGAACUUUUACAUUCCUUUAUCUGUUACUGAAGUGACAUGAAAUGGAUCAUCAAACAGAAGAUUUAUGUACUUCAAGUAUAAAAUAAGUCUCUAUUUGUACCUGAAUAUCCAGUGUAUACUAAAACAGUGAUAGCAAGUAUUUAUGCUAUUCUGGGUGGUGUGUUGAUGAUGAUUCACAUUAAUACAAAAGGUUAUAUAGAGCAAAUUCUGUUCAGUUAAUUUUAUUUCUAUUCACUUUUUUUCUGAUGGCUGUCUCAAAAAGGCCACACCUAAAACCCAGCUAUUAUGGAAUAAGAAUGGAGCUUGCUACAGGAGUACUAUGUAUUAGUUGUGUACCCAUUGAAGGUAUUUUUUUCCCAUUAUUCUGAAUUGAAAUCACUCUUCCUAUUUAGGGCUUCAAGUCCUGAUCUUUAAAAAGAAAUACAGCAUUUUUUCUGCAUGAUUCUAUAGCUAUUGUAUAAUAGUGAUAGAGAUUAAAGACAAAUGAGUAUUUAUCAGUCAAUCAAAGGAGCCUAAAGGCCACAGCAUGCAUGUAUAAAUUUAAGUUACUUUUCCAGUGGAAAAAUGCAAGAUUCUCUUAAUGUACUUGGGUUUGCUGUGAAUGUUAAGUGCACCUGCUUCAAGACAUCUGUAAGGAAAUGUUUGCAGCAUUAUGGAAAUGUGAGUGGAGGCCAUGCUUGCUUGUGACUAUCAGUACUCUUAAAUGGUUCUGAGGAUGAGGAGGUUUUUUGCUUUUUUUGUUUGCUUGUUUGUUAGUUGGUUUUGUUUUGUUUUGCUGGUUAUUCACUGAACUCUUGCAAUGUUCCUCCUUGAGUUGUUGGAUCUUCAUAAUAUUAGAUUGACUUAGAUGUUGUCUCUGAAUAGAUGAUGAUAAAACUAACAUACAAAAUAGGUUAGCUCUUGGGGAGUGGCUAAGUACCAAAAAAUUAAACUUGUGGUCAGGAAUGGUCCAAGUGCAUGAAGCUUCUACUUCUCUGUUGGUUUUCUGAGAACAAGUAGGAUUUGUGUGACAGGUACACUCAUGUAAAUGUUUUAGGAAAUUCAAGUGUGUGCGGGGAGAAAUCCAGCUUCUUUUUCACAGCACUUUUGUAAAGGAUGUAUUUAUAGCCUUCUCUAAGCAUAUUAUUAAUCAAUUUAUCUGAGAGAGAUACUUAGUGAGGUGAAAAGUGACUUACAGGACUUCUUUUGAAAUAUAACGUAUGCCUUUUCCUGUAUAAUGUAUAACUUCAAAUUAGCCAACGAAUCCUUGCCAGUGAGGGACACGUGGUAUGAUCAUCUUGAUUUGUAUGACAUUUGUCUUGUAAAAUGUCCCCUACCUUGUCUUUUGUAAGUGGUAGUUUUUUGGUUCGUUUUCCUAGUUACUCUUGGUUGUUUACUUGAACUUGUUAGGCAGGGUUUUUUCUUAUUAUUGCAUGUACUGUAUUCUUUUUUUUAAUUACAAUCAGUAUUUGAAUAUAAAAAUGGGACCAGCUUUUCUAAUUUUCUAGUUAUGCUGUCUUUGUUUGGAAAGAGCUGGUCUCUAAAUGGGUCUGUAAUGUCCAUUUUUUUUCUUUAACACUUGAAAACAAGAUGAAAAUGAAAACUUCUAACUUGAAGAUCUUCCUUCCUAUGGCAACUGGUGAAAUGCUAAGGUGAAGAAUUUAGAAAUAUGUACCUUAGUCUCCUACAAGUCUACUAUUCCAAGGUUUUGAGUCUUCAGUUAGAACUAGAUCUGUGGCUUUAGGAGAUGUUUUUGUACAGAAUACAUCUAAGUCUUUAGGUUAUGAAGCUAAAACUAACUUCAGGGCAACAAUUCGGGAAGAUCUGUAGGUGACAAAACAUGACCUGCAAUGUUACAAGACUUUCUUUUUUUACGGUUGUGCUGAAGGUUAAAUGACCAUGUGUAUUAUUGUCGUUCAUUAUAAAAGUUGUUACCUGAUUAUACAGUAAAAUUAAGUAGCUCUGUUUCUUAUUCCAUUAUGUGAAUCUAAAACAUGAAUAGCAGGAAAUUAUGGAAAUCAUGCUGUCUCUGGGUAUUUUGUUAGCUUCCAAUUAUGAAAUGAGUUGGUGUUAAUUUACUGAAGUUCCUAGCAAGAUGUUAACUUGAUUUUGUUAAUAGUUGUUGAUGCCUUAGUUAAAAGGUCAAAAAAUUUGAAGAGGCAUCUAACCUAUGACUGCUAGAAAUCCAUGUAGAACAAAAAUGAGACAAAUGCAGCAGGAAGCAACUUCAAGGGAAGCUUUCCUUGCUGUUACAAAUGUCUUUAGGCAAAUACUAGUUUUCUAGUGGUGCUUAAUCUGGUGAUUUUGGGGAGCAGUAACUAGUUAGGGAUACGCAGGAUAUACAACCAGUAUUUAAACCAAAUGAAAUCAAACAAAAAUACAGCGUGACUUGUCAGCUUUGCAAAAGCUGAACUGUGUAGAUACCAGGUGCUCACAAUUCGGGGAAAACUUCCAAAACAGUAUAUGAGGAUUUAACAUUCAUACCAGCCACUUAGUAGGAAAUUGACCUGUUAAUGCAAAUGAAGACUGCAAAGAGUUAUUUUUUUUAAACUUCAAGAUCAUGCACGUGCAGAAUUUCUUAGGCAUGGUUCCCAGUAUGUUAUAUAAACCAAAUUGCUAAUGUGCAUAUUGCAGAAUAUUUCUCCAUCUUUGUAUGCUUAUGCAUGACUUUCAGUGAAACUUCUGGUUACAUGGUUAAAAAUGUUCUGUUACCUUUUAUUAAAUAGGCAGAAGUUUGGUGUACAAUACCUCUAGCUAUUAAGUCUUCAUAGUAUUUCAGCUUCACCUGGACAUGUAUAUAGGUAGUGUUAUCAUCAAGUGUUACCAGAUUUUUUAACCAGCUAUGCAAUGAAUAAAAAUAUUUCAUUGCCCUUUAGGUGUUUUCUGUGACAGAUUCGCACCUUGCCCUCACUCAUUGUAAACGUGGUAAGAUACUUCAGCAGAAAGGGAAAGAUUUUUGUUCCUUCAGACAUCGAGAAUAAAUGAAUGGUUCUAUAUUUGGUAAACUGAGUUGUUUGUUCAGUCAUGCUUAAGUGAGAAAUGGAAAACGAGUCACUUUAUUUCACUGAAUUGUGUAGCUGUUUUGCUGAAUCUUCCCUUAAGUGCCAUGUUGGAAAUAAGCAAUAUGUGGUACAAGAAAUUUGGAUCACAAAACGUAAGUGAUGUUAUUUUUGUAAAAAAAAAAAAAUAAAAAAAAAUGAUGUAAGAAAAAAAAUAAAUUGUUUACUUUGCA